GGCCGCCGACUUGGAGCUGCGGUUUGGGUGGAUUGUCUGCUUGUCUAGAAAGAGUCCCUUCGUGUCUGCUCGUCUCGCGCUCCCGGGGCAACAGUAAAUCAGUUUUGGUUGAAGACGGUAUCCAGGGAACCCAUUUCUCUCUCUGGGAGAUGCCUGCUGGUUGUUGCUAAGGUUGCUUCCACAGUAACAUGUGCAUCUUGUUUACACCUUCAUCAGAAGAAGUUGAACUUGGUUAGUUUCACAAGUAUCACCUAAGGAGCAAGAGAAGGAAGUGCUGGAUCUUCAGUCUUACAAUCUUGCACUAGAUCCUUUUUCCUCCCUGAGGAGUUGUGUCUAAUACCCUACCAAACACUGGACUGCAUUUCAUGUGGAGCUCCAAAAGUUUCAUUGCCUGCUCUUAGUAGAGGAAACAGAUCUAGAGGUGAAAAGGAGCACACAACUUUUUCUGGCCUGUUUCCUCACUGAACCCACUCCCUUGUUGUCAAGAUGACAAAUAACUCAGCAGAUCAUCAUCCUGGGAACUCUGUGGCAGAAGGCAGCUAUGAAGGGGACUUUGGCUGCUCCGUUAUGGACUUACGGAAUCUUAUGGAGCUUCGCAGUUCGGAGGCAGUGACCCGAAUAAAUGAUACCUAUGGGGGAGUGCAUAAUAUUUGUAAGAGAUUGAAGACUUCACCAAUCGAAGGCUUGUCUGGGAACCCAGCAGAUCUAGAAAAAAGAAGACAAGCAUUUGGCCAGAAUUUCAUCCCACCCAAAAAGGCCAAAACCUUCCUGCAGUUAGUUUGGGAAGCAUUGCAAGAUGUCACGUUAAUCAUCUUGGAAAUUGCAGCCAUAAUUUCUCUGGGUCUCUCUUUCUAUCAUCCUCCUGAUGGCGACAAUGAAAUGUGUGGAGAAGCAAAGGGCAGUGGAGAGGAUGAAGGCGAGGCUCAGGCUGGCUGGAUUGAGGGAGCAGCCAUCCUCUUCUCAGUUAUUAUUGUGGUGUUGGUCACAGCCUUCAAUGACUGGAGCAAAGAGAAACAAUUCCGGGGUCUGCAGAGUCGCAUUGAGCAGGAGCAGAAGUUUACUGUCAUCCGUAAGGGACAGGUGAUCCAAAUUCCGGUAGCUGAGAUUGUGGUUGGGGACAUUGCUCAAAUCAAAUAUGGGGACCUGUUGCCAGCAGAUGGCAUUUUGAUCCAAGGAAAUGAUUUGAAAAUUGAUGAGAGCUCUCUGACUGGGGAAUCUGACCAAGUGAAAAAAUCUUUGGAUAAAGACCCUAUGCUGCUUUCUGGCACUCAUGUAAUGGAGGGCUCUGGUCGAAUGGUGGUGACUGCUGUGGGUGUCAACUCACAGACUGGAAUAAUUUUUACUCUUUUGGGUGCUGGAGAAGGGGAUGAGGAAAAAAAGGUCAAGAAAGGUAAAAAAACCGGAGCCCCUGAAAAUCGCAACAAAGCCAAAACUCAGGAUGGAGUGGCCCUGGAAAUCCAACCACUGAAAAGCCAAGAAGGGGUGGAAAAUGAGGAGAAAGAGAAGAAAAAGGUGAAGAUUCCAAAGAAGGAGAAAUCCGUGUUGCAGGGAAAGCUCACCCGCUUGGCAGUUCAGAUUGGAAAAGCAGGAUUGAUUAUGUCAGCAAUCACAGUUAUUAUUUUGGUGCUAUAUUUUGUGAUCGACACUUUUGGGAUUCAAAGAAGAUCAUGGCUGGCUGAAUGUACUCCCAUUUAUAUCCAGUACUUUGUCAAGUUCUUCAUUAUUGGUGUCACUGUGCUAGUAGUAGCUGUUCCUGAAGGCUUGCCCCUGGCUGUCACUAUUUCUUUGGCCUACUCUGUGAAGAAAAUGAUGAAAGAUAACAAUCUGGUUCGGCAUCUGGAUGCUUGUGAGACAAUGGGAAAUGCCACCGCUAUUUGCUCAGAUAAGACUGGGACCCUCACGAUGAACCGGAUGACUGUAGUGCAAGCUUAUGUGGGAGACACCCACUACCGACAGAUUCCUGACUCAGAAGCUAUUCUGCCCAAGGUCCUGGACCUUAUUGUCAAUGGUGUUUCAAUAAAUUCAGCCUAUACCUCUAAAAUCUUGCCACCAGAGAAAGAAGGAGGACUCCCACGUCAAGUCGGAAACAAGACAGAGUGUGCACUUCUGGGCUUUGUUCUGGACUUGAAGCAGGAUUAUCAAGCUGUCCGUAGUGAAGUGCCUGAAGAAAAGCUCUAUAAGGUCUACACCUUCAAUUCUGUCCGGAAAUCUAUGAGUACAGUGCUAAAAAACCAGGAUGGGAGUUUUCGCAUGUACAGCAAAGGAGCCUCUGAGAUCAUCCUCCGCAAGUGCACAAAAAUUUUGGACAAAAAUGGGGAAAUUCGAUUAUUUAAAGUGAAAGACCGGGAUGAGAUGGUGAAAAAAGUGAUUGAACCAAUGGCUUGUCAGGGGCUACGCACCAUUUGUCUGGCUUACCGGGAUUUCCCUGCUGGUGUUGAACCUGACUGGGAUGCUGAAAAUGAGAUUUUGUCUGACCUUACUUGCAUCACUGUUGUUGGCAUUGAGGAUCCUGUUCGUCCAGAGGUACCUGAGGCCAUUCAGAAGUGCCAGCGUGCUGGUAUUACUGUCAGGAUGGUUACAGGUGACAACAUCAACACUGCACGUGCCAUUGCAACUAAGUGUGGGAUCUUGCUGCCUGGAGAGGACUUCCUGUGCUUGGAAGGGAAGGAAUUCAAUAGGCUCAUCCGCAAUGAGAAAGGAGAGGUGGAGCAAGAACAACUAGAUAAAAUCUGGCCUAAACUUCGAGUCUUGGCACGUUCUUCACCAACUGAUAAACACACCCUUGUGAAAGGAAUUAUUGACAGUACUGUUGGGGAACGGAGGCAGGUGGUAGCUGUAACUGGAGAUGGCACCAAUGAUGGCCCAGCCUUGAAGAAAGCAGAUGUUGGAUUUGCUAUGGGCAUUGCUGGCACAGAUGUGGCUAAGGAGGCUUCAGACAUCAUCCUGACAGAUGAUAAUUUUACAAGCAUUGUUAAGGCAGUGAUGUGGGGUCGCAAUGUAUAUGACAGCAUUUCCAAGUUCCUGCAGUUCCAGCUGACAGUCAAUGUAGUGGCUGUGAUUGUGGCAUUCACAGGGGCUUGCAUCACACAGGAUUCACCUCUGAAGGCUGUCCAAAUGUUGUGGGUGAACUUGAUCAUGGAUACCUUUGCCUCAUUAGCUCUUGCCACAGAACCCCCUUCAGAGUCUUUGCUCCUGCGUAGGCCAUAUGGUCGCAACAAGCCACUGAUAUCCCGAACCAUGAUGAAGAACAUUCUGGGACAUGCCGUGUACCAGCUCACCAUUAUUUUCACAUUACUAUUUGCAGGUGAAAAAAUUUUUGAUAUUGACAGUGGCCGGAAUGUUCCCCUCCACUCCCCACCCACUGAGCAUUACACAAUUGUCUUCAACACUUUCGUCAUGAUGCAACUGUUCAAUGAAAUCAAUGCUCGCAAAAUUCAUGGGGAAAGGAACGUAUUUGAGGCCAUCUUCCGGAAUCCAAUCUUCUGUACAGUGGUGCUAGGAACCUUUGUUGCCCAGAUUAUUAUUGUGGAGUUUGGUGGUAAACCAUUUAGUUGCUCUGGACUUACCUUGAGUCAGUGGUUUUGGUGUAUUUUCAUUGGUGUAGGAGAGCUGCUUUGGGGACAGUUGAUCAGCAGUAUUCCAACAAAUCAACUGAAGUUCCUGAAAGAGGCUGGUCAUGGGAUUACCAAAGAAGAUAUUGCAGAAGAAGAGUUGAAUGAAGGUGUAGAUGAAAUUGACCAUGCUGAAAUGGAGCUUCGACGUGGACAGAUCCUGUGGUUCCGUGGUCUGAACAGAAUACAGACUCAGAUGGACGUAGUUUACACAUUCCAGACCGGCGCCUCCUCUUUACAGGGAGCCCUCAGGAGACAGCCUUCCAUCGUGAGCCAACACCACGAUGUAAAAAAUGUUUCUAGCCCAACCCAUAUCAAGGUGGUGAAUGCGUUCCGUAGCUCCCUGUAUGAAGGCCUCGAGAAACCCGAAUCCAGAAGCUCCAUUCAUAACUUCAUGACUCAUCCAGAGUUCAUCCUCGAGGAAGACGAGCCUCAGACCCCAUUCCUCGAUGGCACUGAUGAAGACUUGGAAGCUGAAGAACUUAAAAAGCAAAGUGAAGAGAGCCCAGGGGAGUCCUCACCCCUCAACACAAAUAACAAUGCAAUGGACAGCAAUAUAGCUGAGGACACCAUGCCAGAGCCAGAAAGCCCUUUACACAGCUUGGAAACAUCAGUUUGAUCUCUGAACUUUGACCUUCCUGCUUCCCCUUUCUCUAGGCAACAUAGGCACCAAUAUCUGACCAUACACUGCAGCUACUUUGGCCAAUUUCCUCUCCAUUCUCUUUAUGAUUUCUUGGCUGCAGAAAUCAUGGUAUCACCUGGGUAGAGUUGUAUUUUCAACAAAUUGCUUGGCAGAGGUGCCUCCCUCAUGAAAGAAAUUACCAGUGUGAUCAUCAUCUUCUCAAAUUGGGCACCACAUGUCUGUAGUAGUAAUUUUUCUCCUUGCUCAAGUUAUACCCUUAUCUAGAAGCUCUAGAUACCCUUUAAAAGUUUGGUGUAUAGCAUCUAUGGCACAGUUGCAAGGUAUUUCCUUAAUUUUGUUUAUGGCAUCAGAAUCCUAGAUGCUUUUAUAUGUCCUUGGGAGGAUGACAAUGAGUGUCAUAGGAAUGUUAUUAAAGGGGAGGGGGUGAUCUGAGUAAGGAAUUAGAUGUGAUCCCAGUCUUACACAGAGCAAGCUGGGGAAGAACUAGUAUCCAUCCUUAUACUAUUUUGUUUCUAUUAUCUCUUUGUUUCCAGGGUAGUAUCAGUCACAAAAGAUAAGGAGGAAUAUAUAGACAGUCUUAAAAUAUAUUUUUAAAAAAGGAAUAAAGCUAAUCAUAAGGAGAUACAACAGUGCCAUAUAUCCUGAGAGAAUUAAAUGUUAAGGGAUUUGGUUUUUAAUGAAAAAUUACUUUUUAUGAUUUCAGAUCAAAAUAUUUUGGGAUUAUAUAUUAGCUGAGAUACAUUUAUGUAUUACAUAUUAUUUGCUUAAUUGGAAUUUCAUCGUUCUGAACAUCAGGUGAAUAUGUCCUCAGUAAGGUGAACAUCUCAACCCUUCUGAUUCCAAACAAGAUGGAACAAGUAUUGGCUUGUUACUUCUGCCCAAUUUUUAUUUGGAUAAUUAGAAGGAGCCAGUUCUUUGGGGAGUGCAAGCUAUAAAGGCCAGCUCUAAUAAGAGUCUGUCAGUUCUUACACUUUUUUACUGCAUUUUGAAUGCUGAAGAGUGGAAAAAGUAACAGGAAAAUGUCUUGGUCACAAAUACCUACACAGAAUGUUUUUGUGUGUAUGGAAAAUGUAAAUGAAUCAGUUCUGUAUAUUUGGGACAUACUGUGUAGUAUUGGGGCACAAAGCUCUUUCCUUAGUUGAUAGGAAUAAGAUUCUCCCUGUUUCUUGUUAUAGGUUUUUCCUUUUUUUUUUCAUCUUGUACUGAAAAGAUGCUUGCUGGCCUUACCUUGAUACAGUUGCAAUAUUGAGAUGCUGGUCUGGUGGAGGUCACUGUUUCACUCUUACAGACCAUAGCCAUAUGGGGAGCGAAUAGGAUGUCCUACUGAAACUGCUUGUAUACAAUUUCUGCAAGAAUAGUGGGGCAUCUAACCAAACGUAUGCUAAUGUAGUCUCUUAUGUCAGUUCACAGCGCUUUUCUUGGAAAGUACUACCUGGAAGCAAAGAGAAUCUAAUUGUUCCUACUUCUUUUGAAAGUUUUAUUGUCUGGCCAUCUUCCCAACAUUCAAGUGUAUACAAAUUUUUGCUGGAAAUGGGGUUGUUUUAAAUUGCUUUUCCCUUUCCCUUUGGAAGAACGCACAGCAGAAACUCCUGUGCCUUGUCUAAGCACUGCCCAAAGCACUGCCUGUCAUAUUUGAGUCCAGUACUUUGCCAAGAGAUAAGUGUUCCUUAAGCAAACACAAAACGAACCAGGAAGGAAAGUAAAUUGUCUCUUGAUUUCGACCCUUUAAGCCCAAAUUCUUCUACCCAAUUGAUUGGUCAUUGAAUUUCAUCCUGAGUUCAAAGUAGACUGAUGAAGAUUCCUUUUCCAUAGCUGUUCUUUUCCAGGGUUGCUGUAAAGAGGACUUGUAUGCUGGGCUCAGCAAACUGCCAUUAUCUGGGGAAAAACGCCCACUCAUAUUCCACCUUCUGAAUUGCAAAUAAGGCCCUAAGUCAUUCUCACCCUCCUUCCUCCUUCCAGAUACAUCACUUCAUUCCUUUCAUCUGAACUAUAUAGAUUGGGAGGAUUUAGAGAGGGGAGCUCUGUUUCUUGUUGUGCAAACUAUCAGUUAAGGGGAAGGGUGCCCCUUUUCAUUUCAUUUCAUUCUGUUCAAAACAUUGCAAUGCUUUGAGGUCAUUUUUCUAUUUUAACUACUUGCAAAAACUAAAGGGUUUUAGGCACCUGCGUGAAUAUUUGUGAAUUAUUUGGGGGAGGGAUUACUGAUUUUAUUUUUAUGUUUGGGUGGUUUUUUUAAUUCAAACAGCUUUUGGAAGAAGAAGAAACUCACUCCAACUAUCUGUAAUUGACAGAUUUGCAGUGAGCUAUCUGGCCUACAUUUUUAUCCAUUUUUUUCCCUUUUUUCUGUCUAGUUUCCUCAGGGGACAGGGGAUAAUUAUAUAAAUAUUAUGCAAAAAAUAUAUAGUUUUCUUUAGAUCAGAAACGUAUAUUUUUAAGUCAGCCAUAUGUAUUUUGUUUAAAAGAAACAAAGCUGUGAGUUACGUAACUGCAGUGGAAUGUAGUCACAUGGCUGGCAGUGGAAAAUGAAUGUUUGGUCAGACUCUUGUCAGCUUCUUUUCUCUAAACAGCCAUCUUUGUAAUAAAGUCAGUUGUGUUAUACAAAACUGUUUUUUAUAUAAAUUAUGUUGAUAUGGCAAUUUGCUUAAAGUAUAAGUGUUUUAUUGAGCAUACAUUUUUAAAUGUAAAAUAGUUGAGUUUUUCCUAAUUUAGUUUUGGUUAUAAAAUUGGCUGAAGUUGAUUGGCUGAAGUUAUUAAAGACCUGUAGACUAUGCCGCCACGAGAGAGGACUUAAGAUGAAAGCAAGGAGUCCACUUCGCAGAUUUAUGGAUGCGCACACUCGCCCAUUGGCCACCUUGCUGGUUCCGUUAAUACUUUUGAUCCUCUGCCUAGGGAAAAAGAGGGAUUUCUUUUCAAUUAAAUCCUUCCUUAUGUCAAAAUAGUUGAACAGUUUUGUCCAAAGUUGACUGCAUCAGCCAUCUGAGAAAAGGCAAGUAAACCCAGUUCAGCAAAGAUCAGCUCUUCAGUACAAAGUGCACACUUUAUGUUAUGUUAUGUUAUUUUAUUUUUACCCUAUGCAGCAUUCUUCUGGAUGUAGCUAGCAUCCAAAUAAAGUGGUUCCUGCACACAACUCCAUUUAUAAGUGUAGUCUAUCCUUGCUGGAUGGUGUUAGAUUAUAAUUUCUUACAACAGUAAGUACGCCGUUAGAAACAAAACUAUCUUUGCAGGAAGCAAAUGAUAAUUGGAGGGAGAAAUAAUUUAAGAUUGUGCCAUGCCAGAUGGAAGAUGAGGUAGUAUCCUCUUGUGUACAUUAUUAUGCUUGGGAUGAUUUAUUUUAAAAAAUGAAAUGGGCCCUAGAGCAGUUUUUCAUCUGUUUCUUAAUAAUAAUCUUUUUGUUAAACAAAUUGGCACAUUGGUACCAAAGACAUUACAUUGUUUCCUACGUGCAGUGAAAAAUAUCCAUUUUCAGGAGCUAAAACUGUGCAAUUGGUUCUUUUUAUUCUAUGGCACAGGGAUCUAGUUUAAUUUUUUUAAAGUUUUGUGCAAUAAGUUUUAGGAAAAUAUUAUUUUAAAAGGCAUUUCUAAGAGGAAAACAAAUCUAAUUGUAAUUUUAGCCAUGGGCAGUCUAAAUGAAGAUUUAUACCAUAACCAAGUUUUUUGGUAAUAUUUGAGCAGUAGUAUAAAACUCUUCAGUGUUCAUUUAGCUUUUGAUCUAAGGACCAACACAAACACCCAUUAUAACGGGGCUGCAAUCAGGUUCACUAAAAAUCUCCAAUAAUUCCAAUUCAAUGACUGCAUUUUUUUUAAAAGUGUUUUUUAAUAGAUCAGUAUUUGCUGAGUACUCCUAGUUCAGCAUUUUUUUUUUCUGACCCACCAUAGCUCUUGAUGAGAUUACAGCAAUUGUUGGGAUGGUUAUAACCCUAAGAACAGGCACAGCUUUAAAAUGUACAGGAAGACAAUUACAGCUUCUAGAUGUGUCAUGGAAAUUUUUUAUGAAUAAGCUUCACCAAACUCUAUAACUCUUUACGAGGGUCUUCUUGAUGGAAGAUUCAUGGACAUCUAGCUCUACCACGAAAGAGAGGAAAUAAAUAGAACUCUUACUUCAAUCCAUGAUGCUUUUAGAAUUGCUUCAAUAUUACAGCUGAUAUAGCUGCACACUAAUACUCUAUUCUACUUAACUUUUUAUUGUGCUUUGUAGCUGGCAAUAUUCCUAUUAACCAAAAACAAAAGGAGUCCAGUCUACAGAUUCAUGUGCCCUUUAAACCCAUGGCUAAGACUACUUGUUCAGGUUUUUUUCUGCCCAUAAAUAAAUACAUAUACAGUAUUAACAUAAAUACUGUAUAUAUGUUUAUUUAAAUCUCUGGAAAAGCAUGCAUAUAAGAAUUUUAAGUUUCCCCUUUUUCAAUAACUAGUAUAAUAAGCAAUGGUAUUUUUGUAUUAAAAAAAGAAAAAGACAAAACAAAAGACUGAAUAUUAUAUGGUAUGCAUGACAAAAUGGUUUUUAAAAAGUGUGGUUUCAAAGCAAUAUGUACCCUGGUGUGUUUGCCAUAUUCUAGAGUCCAGCUUAAAGUGCACCUGAUCUGUAAUAGCAUUUUGAUAUUAUUUAAUCUGUGUAAAAUGUUUUGCAUGUAUUUAUAUGGUUCUUGGGAUUUUUUUUUCUUUUUAGUUGUUCGGUAAAGAAUAAAGAGAGGGAUGGGGUUGGCAUGAUUGACAAAGCUUUUUCUGUAACAUUUGAAACUUUAAAUAUAGAUAAUGCUCUGAUUGGAAACAGUGCAAGGAAAUUAAGUUAAUAUGUAAGGUGCAACAGAAAGGGAAAGGGUCUUGAACUAAUAAAGCUUGUUUUGCUGUUAAGCAGAAUCAGUGCACAAGUGCAUUGAGAGAAUAAACUGUGCCCACAUGUAAUUGUGAUGUCUUCAAUAUGUGUCCCAUCAGUUUAUAAAGUCACUGAUCAUCUACUGAAGCUGCAAUAGUAUGAAUUACUAUAAAAUAUUAGCUUGGACCAAAUUUGUAGUGUGAAAAUUAUACACUUUUUAAAAGGUGACAUUUUUUAAAAAAUAUCUAAGAUAGUUAAUUGCACAAAAUAUUAUGUGUCAGUUUUGCCAUGUCUGAGUAAGGUCCAGAAAAAGCUACCAAAUUCUAGCCAAAGAUAAGGAUCCAUGCCAAUGACAAAUGCAAAAAUUCAAAUGAAUAUUUUAAAGUGGAAAAGGCAGAAUGCUUUGCAAUUUUAAAUUUAUAUUAAAAAUAUUGCCAGUUUAUAUGUUAUAUUUUUAGCAUGAACUCUUUCAAUGGCUGAACUUUCUGGCAAUAUAUGAAUAUAUAACAUCAUAUCCAGAGUAGAUAUAGAUUAUUAAAAAUAAUUACUUAGUGAACAUUGUCAUGGCUUUUACUGUCCUGUUGCACAAUAUGGUUAUACUGAGACAAAGCUUCAAUGCGAUAUUUUCUAAAAGUAUAAUGUUUAUAUGAGAUCUUCAUAUUUUGAAUAGAAAGGUCUUUAGAAAAAGCCCUUAUUGAAUGAAAAAAUUCCUUGAUCAAGCAUUAAUGGGAAGGACUUGAAGCUGUGUUAUAGGAAAACUGGAGUUAAGGUUUCAUUAGGAAUUCAUUCCAGUAGUGUAGUUCUGCAGCAGAAGCAGCUAAAUAUAAGGCCAUGCUUUAAAACAUAAUUAAAAUAAUUAAAAUGUUAAAGAUAAUAAUUAGAAAGGACAUAAAAAAUAAAGACUGAAUCCAGAGUAUGUAAAAAGAGGGAAAUUCUACUUGGAGGAGCAGCAUUUAUGAAAAAGUUAAGAUUCAGUGAGCUUGCUACUACAGUAGUAACCCCUAACCCAGCCCCAUCAGAGUAUUUUGUCCACGUUGAUUACACAUUAGAAACUUCUUUUAUUUUUAAAAAUUGAUAAGUUUCAUUCAAAUAGAGGAAAGGUUAUGGUUCUUUUAAAAAAACAGACAAAAACAGUACAAAUAGUCAUAAUAGCAACCUAGCAAGGGAACUUGAGAGCCUUUAAAAGUUGAGCAACAGUUACUGUUUUUCUACUGAAUAUGGGAAAUCAUAAUCUUUCCAAGAAUUUAGUGGUUCUUGUCUCACAAAGCUUAUUUCCAAGUUUCUUUAUUGUUUAUUUAAAUGUGUGGGGGGGGAGGGGGAAACAUUUCCCUAGGUAGGUUCAUCAGGUUCUUUUCUUAAGGAAAAGUCUUCUUCAACCAUGCUGUACAUUUUGGAAAGCAAAACUGGGGUAAAUAAUUUAGUGUACCAUUUGCUUCCUGAGACCACACACACUUAGAUAUAUGAGUUUAAAUAUGCUGCUUUCAGUAGAAUCUUGUGCAAUUUGGCUGGUUUGGUUUGGUUUGAGAGGUCUAGGCUGCCCCUUAAACCAAAGCAGCAUGAUUAAAAACACAACCAGUCAAAUGAAUCGGAUAGCAUAACACAGAAGUCUGCUCUCUUUGAAACUAGGAACACAAUUUCUAAAUAGGGCAAAAUAUUUAUAGAAAUUGCAAAACUUUCUAGGGAUUUCCAGAGAAUCCUGAGUUUCUUCUCAUCCAUGAUAUCCAUUUCUGAUAAACUCUGAAUGAAACGCCCUUACUAAAAUACAGCAUGGCAUAUAAAUGUCACCAAAGUUAUCUUUGCUUCCAAAAACAUCAAGUAAAUUUAAACAUGAUAUGGUUAUUCAAACUGGCUGCAUGGCUAUGCAUUCCUAAGUGUCUUUUCUAUGUUGCCACACACAACCAAAUUAAAAUUCACGUGACAGUCAUCUGUUAUCUGUAGUGAACGUGUUCUGUGGUUAUUCGUGUCUAUGUCAUUGAUGCUCUUUUACAUGCCAUAGUUUUAUCAGAUGUGAAAGCUGCCAUUUUUGUGCCUUCCAACCAGCCCACCACUGCCUUGGUAUGCUGAUCUGUCUUCUGCAGAUUUGAUAACACUACCUAUUUGCAAUUACUGUUCUUUGAAUUGCACAAUUAAAAAAAAGUAUCAAGAUAUUGGAGUCCCAACCAAUCCUAGUAUACCAUAGUUGGACUCAGAUUUCUGAGAGAAGGAAAGAAAUAGAUGUACUCUUGAAUAACUCCAUACGGAUAAAUGGAUAUAUACUAAUCAACCUCUUAAAGUUUUACACAUUUGGUAGCAUUACAGAUAGAAUUUUGCUUCUUUACCAUUCUAUUUUGCUCAGCAAAUACGGAGGUUUUCUGUAUUACCAGAGCCUUCUAUAUCAGAAGAGGCACUCUGAAUUACUAUUCUGAAGUAAUCCAAUUUCUAAAUUGCAAGAAGAGCCUCCAAGAGAUAGCAAAAGCAGUUUCUGUCAAAUGGAUGAGAGACUGAUCAUGAUUGGAAGGGGCAGAGCUACUGCUCUUCCUAUCUUGCCUUGUGUAGAUGCCAUGUAUUCCCAAAUGCCUGAAAAGAGCCAUUGAAAGAUAAAGCAUACGCAGACAGUUCACAAAUAGACAUCUAUUUUAAAAGAAUAACAGAAUAAUAGAGUUGGAAGAGACCUUGGAGGUCUUCUAGCCCAACCCUCUGGUUAAAUGGGAGACCCUAUACCAUUUCAGACAAAUGACUGUCCAAUCUCUUCUUAAAAAUCUCCAGUGAUGGAGCACUCAGCUUCUGAAGGCAAGCCAUUCCACUGGUUAAUUGUUCUAUCAGGAAAUUUCUCCUUAUUUCUAAGUUGCUUCACUCCUUGAUUAAUUCCCAUCAGAAGGAUAUGCCUUUGAAUCAGUUAAAUAAACUCUAAAAUAUUAAUGGGGUUAUGUGUUUUUUUUUUAAAAUAAUCCUUUGUGAGUUGGUAUUGAAAAACAGCAAAAUGCAGGAGUGAAAGAAGAGAUCUGAGGAGAUAGUAAGAAAAUAUCCAAAUCAUAAUAAAUGCCAAUGUAUGUUUUUUGAGUUAAUUGGUUUCAGCAGGCAAAAUUAAAACUAGAUCCAAGUAAGUAAAACUGCAAUAUCUUGCACUGGCCUUAGUGUUUCUCUUGAUCUUCACUUUUGCAGAAUCAUUUCUCAUCCUUGAGAAAACAAAAUCAUUUUUUGUUUAUUUUUUGGCUAAUUUGUUAGCUGCUUUUCGGCCUUGCCAUUAACUAAAUUCAACUUUCCAACCUGUUUCAUUGAUUGGCUGAUAUAAAUUUUUAGAAAAUGGUAUUGUAAUGCCUUGUUCAGGCUAUUAAUUUGCCUACUUUUAAACAAAAAUUGGACCAAGUGGAUCAUUGCACUGCCUCAAUUUGUGACAUAAAUGAAUAAUAAUUAUGAAUAAAGGUGAAACUGAGCAAAGCCUCAAUAGAUAUCAGUGCCAAGUAUUUGCUGCCUCUGUCCUUGAUGUCUGUCAUUGUCAUUUGGUCCUGCACAGUGUAUCAUUGACAAAUCCAGACUGAACUUGUGCGGCCAUCCGUUUAUGGGCAAGCAUUUUUUAAUAUUGUAAAUAAAAAAAUACAAAAAAUGAA